AAUAUGGAGAGACGUUCAGAAAGAAGCAUAGUAGAACCGGAUAUAUUCGAAGAAGAAGAAGAGUCUGAUUCUGAUGCUGAUGAUUUUAUAGUUGAUGAUGAAGGACGUCCGAUUGCUGAAAAGAAAAAGAAACGAAAACCUAUAUUUACCGAUGCAUCGCUGCAAGAAGGUCAAGAUAUUUUUGGUGUUGAUUUUGACUAUGACGACUUUUCGAAAUAUGAAGAAGAUGAAUAUGAAGACGAAUCCGAUGGAGAAGAUUUUGACGACGAUAUUGCAGAUAAUGAUCGUGAAAAAUUAAAAAAAAAAUUGUUACGAAAAAAAGUUACAAAAAAAACUAUUUUUGAUAUAUAUGAACCGAGUGAGCUUAAACGGGGACAUUUUACGGAUCUUGACAACGAAAUAAGAAAAGCAGAUUUGCCAGAACGUAUGCAAUUACGAAAUGUACCAGUAACAAGUGUCCCAGAAGGUUCAACUGAACUUGAUGAUGAAGCAGAAUGGAUAUAUAAGCAAGCUUUCUGUAAGCCGACUGUGUCUCAACAGGAUAAAAACCUGGAUUCUCGUGAUAGAUAUAAAAAACCAUCAAGUGCAGUAGAGAAAAUAAAACAAGCAUUGGACUUUAUAAGAAAUCAACAAUUAGAGGUACCGUUUAUUACAUUUUACAGAAAAGAGUAUGUAAAGCCUGAGUUGUCAUGUGAGGAUUUGUGGAAAAUAUAUUAUUUUGACGAAAAAUGGUGUCAAUUACUUAAUCGAAAAAAUAAGCUGCGUUUAUUAUUGGAAAGUAUGAAAAAUUACCAAUUAAAUGCGCUAAAAAACAUAAAGGAUAGUCGAUUGUCAGAUGAUAUACGAUUGAUUAAAGACGAAGACUUCGAAAGAUUAGCUGAUGUCCAAACGGUAGAGGAAUUAAAAGAUGUUCAUAUGCAUUUUCUUCUCUAUUAUUCCCAUGACAUACCAAGGAUGCAAGAGGAUCGAAAAAGAAGAGAAAAGGAACAAAAAAAGAUUGCAAGAGAAGAAAAAAGACGUCAGUAUUUAGAAAAUGGUGAAGAAGUACAAGAUUUAUCAGCUAACGAAACCGACAGUGACGACAACGAAGAUCAAUUAAAGCAUUCAAAUGAUUCUGGACCAUAUGCAAUGUGUCGAAAAGCAGGACUCUGUGGAUUUGCAAAAAAAUUUGGUCUUUUACCUGAACAGUAUGCAGAAAAUCUUCGAGACAACUAUCAACGUCAUGAAAUAAACCAAGAAGUUAUCAGCCCAUCCGAAAUCGCUAAACAGUAUUUAUGUCCAAAAUUUAUGACAACAGAAGAGGUUCUACAAGCUACAAAAUUCGUGGUGGCAAGGCAACUAUCUAGAGAACCACUUUUACGCAAAAGCGUUCGUGAAGCCUUUUUUGAACGUGCUAAAAUGACUGUGAAACCUACGAAAAAGGGUAUGAAAGAAAUUGACGAAAAUCAUCCAUGUUACACUAUAAAAUAUUUAGCAAACAAACCUGUUAGAGAUCUUCUGUGCGAACAAUUUUUAAAACUAGUAAUGGCUGAAGAAGAUAAAUUACUUGAAAUUUCAAUAUCUGAACAAAUAGAAGGGAAUAUUUCUAAUUCAUAUAUAGACGAAGCUAAGCAACUUUAUCAAAGGGAUGAGUUUUCAAAAUAUGUGCAAGAGUGGAAUAUUUUACGAUGUGAAUGUGUUGAACUUGCUUUAAAAAAAAUGGUUAUACCUGAUUUACGUAAAGAACUUAAGAAUCUUCUAUUAACUGAAUCUAAACAAUUCGUACUUAAAGCAUGCUGUUUAAAAUUAUCAAAUUGGUUAAAAGUUGCCCCUUUUAGACCAGAAUUUUCUACGGAGAGUACUUAUGAUGAUUGGAACCAUACGAAAGGCAUACGAGUGAUGGGUCUCGCCUACACACCAGACUAUUCUCAAGCCGCCUUUUGUUCUGUUAUAACCGUUGAAGGUGAUGUAAGCGAUUAUAUUCGACUACCUAAUAUAUUGAAACGUAAAAAUGCAUAUCGUGCCGAAGAAAAAAUUCAAAAGAUGUCAGAUUUAGCGAAUUUGAAGGAAUUUAUUCGGAAUAAAAAGCCUCAUGUUUUAGCUAUUGGAGGUGAAUCAAGAGAAGCUCAAAUGAUACAGUCUGAUAUUCAGGAAAUAAUAAAAGAGCUUGUUGAAGAAGAUCAAUUUCCCCCCAUUGCAGUUGAAAUAAUAGAUAACGAGCUUGCAAAAAUAUAUGCUAAUUCAAAGAAGGGUGUAGCUGAUUUUAAGGAUUACCCGUUACUUUUGAAGCAAGCCAUAUCAUUAGCGAGAAAAAUGCAAGAUCCUCUUGUUGAAUUUUCACAGUUAUGUUGCGCUGAUGAAGAAAUUUUGUGUCUACGUUAUCAUUCGCUACAGGAACAAAUUUCUAAAGAAGAAUUAUUGGAACAUCUAUAUAUUGAGUUUAUAAAUAGAACAAAUGAAGUUGGCUUGGAUAUUAAUUUCGCUAUUCAAAAUUCUGAAUCAUUAAACCUUGUACAGUUUAUUUGCGGUUUGGGACCAAGAAAAGGACAAGCAUUAAUAAAAAUAUUAAAACAAACAAAUCAGCGACUUGAAAAUAGAACGCAAUUGGUGACAUUGUGCCACCUAGGGCCAAAAGUUUUUAUAAAUUGCUCUGGUUUUAUCAAAAUUGAUACCAGCUCACUUGGUGAUAGUACUGAAGCAUACGUUGAAGUAUUAGAUGGAUCACGUAUCCAUCCCGAAACUUAUGAAUGGGCUAGAAAAAUGGCUAUAGACGCUAUGGAAUAUGAUGAUGAAGAAACAAAUCCAGCUGGCGCUCUUGAGGAAAUAUUGGAGUCUCCUGAACGAUUAAAAGACUUAGAUUUGGAUGCAUUUGCUGUCGAAUUAGAACGACAAGGUUUUGGUAACAAAAGUAUAACUCUUUAUGAUAUUAGAACAGAAUUACAUUCUCUUUACAAAGAUUUGAGAGUUGCUUACAGGUCACCUAAUGCUGAGGAGUUGUUUGAUAUGCUUACAAAAGAAACUCCUGAAACAUUUUAUGUCGGAAAAAUGAUUUUAGGAACUGUUAUUGGUAUAUCACACAGAAAGCCCCAAGGUGAACAAUUGGACCAAGCAAAUCCAGGUAGGAAUGAAGAAUCCGGUCAUUGGUCUUGUCCUUUUUGUUUAAAGGAUGAUUUUCCUGAAUUAUCAGAAGUUUGGAAUCACUUUGAUGCUGGUGCAUGUCCUGGACAAGCAACUGGUGUUAAAAUUCGAUUAGACAAUGGUUUAUCUGGAUUUAUUCACAUUAAAAAUCUGUCCGAUAAACAUGUUAAAAACCCUGAGGAUCGUGUACAAAAUGGUCAAGCAAUACACGUCAGAAUUAUUAAAAUAGAUGUGGAUAGGUUUUCAGUGGAUUGUUCGUCUAAGAGUUCUGAUCUUAUGGAUAAAAAUCAUGAAUGGCGUCAACGUAGAGAUCAAUUUUAUGAUUAUGAAGCCGAGGAAAAGGAUAAUCGCAAGGAAAAUGAAAAAAAUCACAUAAAAACUAAACAACAAUAUGUCAAACGUAUAAUUAUACAUCCGUCUUUUCAUAACAAAUCUUAUGCUGAAGUAGUUAAAAUUAUGGAAAAUAUGGACCAAGGUGAAGUUAUUGUACGUCCUUCUAGUAAAGGUUCAGAUCAUUUAACUGUUACUUGGAAAGUUACAACUGAUAUAUAUCAGCACAUUGAUGUUCGUGAAGAAGGUAAAGAAAAUGCGUAUAGCUUGGGUCAAAGUUUGUGGAUUGGAAAUGAAGAAUUUGAAGAUUUAGAUGAAAUAAUAGCAAGACACGUAAAUCCAAUGGCAGCUUGCGCGAGAGAGUUAUUGAAUUACAAAUACUAUCGAAAUGCAGGUGGAGGUCUUAAAGACAACAUGGAAGAAAUUCUUAGAGAGGAAAAAAAAAAGGAUUCAAAGAAAAUACACUAUUUCUUUUCCGCCACAAAAAACUAUCCGGGAAAAUUUCUUUUAUCAUAUUUACCUAAAACAAAAUUUAGGCACGAAUAUGUUACUGUAGUAUCAGAUGGUUUCCGCUUUAGAGGUCAGAUUUUUGAAUCUUUACAUUUAUUAUUGAAAUGGUUUAAAGAUCAUUAUUGUGAUCCAAUAGUAAACACACCAACUUCUACAUCAAAUCUUCAAAGCAAUAAUCAAUUUAGUACACCGCAUUUAAAUACUGAUUCUAGAUCAAUAUCUCAAGCAAUAGCUCUUAAUACCCCCCAUUACUCAAACACACCCGGAUUUCAAGGAUAUGUCAAUACUCCAUACACACCAAGUGGACAGACACCUUUUAUGACGCCUUACAAUACGCCACAUUUAUCAGAUACACCACGAUAUACACACAGCACUCCCAGUCCAAGUUCUUCUACAUCAAACCAAAAUUUUUGUCGCUCAACAAAUAUUAAACAAAGUAAAGAAUCUGUAAGUUGCCAUGAAGUUAUACCUAGUUAUGAAAUUGCUCACAAGAAAAACAAAGGAUAUUCAAAUAGUAAUGAGAGUAGGGAAUGGCAAAUGGCUUCAGAUUCCUGGGCUAAGCGUAAACCUGUGAAUAAUUUAAUGCCACAUAUAUCAAGGCCUAACAUUAAUAAUUAUGCAAAUAACAGAAAUAACAAUUUUGAAAAAGAAUACGGAUAUGCAUCAACUCACUAUACCGAUGAAUUUUUUCGCAGUAAGGAUUCGCAAAGAACUCCAAAAUCGUUUCGCAGUACACCACGUACUAAUACUUCGCCACAUUCUAUGAAUUUAGGCGACGCUACACCUUUAUAUGAUGAAAAUUAGAAUUAAUAAAGAUCAGUUUAAUUGCAGAAAAAUCAGCAAAUAUUUGAAUUUACAUUUUUAUAUAAAGCUUUGGUUUAUAUGUAAAUGUAAUUACAUGAAGUUACAUUAUUAAUAAAUGAUUCAUAUUUUGAAUUCU